AUGGAGCCCACCGAGGAGGCCGGGCUCUCCACCACCUACGACUGUGGACGAACUGGCCCACCAGAUCUCCGCCUACUGCAUUACAACGAUGUCUACCACGUCGAAGCUGGCUCGGCAGACCCCGUCGGCGGUGUCUCCCGUUUCCAAACCCUCGUCAACUACUACCGCCAUCACCCAAGAUUUGCCAACCAGCCGCCGCUGUUGGCAUUCUUCUCGGGCGAUGCUUUCAAUCCCAGUCUCGAAAGUUCCGUCACGAAGGGCCGCCAUAUGGUGCCGUUCCUUAACCAGAUUGGCACGGAUGUUGCGUGUGUCGGGAACCACGAUUUAGAUUUUGGCAUCGAUCAAUUCCGGCACCUGAGAAGCCAGUGCAAGUUUCCAUGGCUGCUGGCUAAUGUCCUGGACCCCGCUUUGGGUGAAGGGGUGCCGUUGGCCAACUGUGCGGCGACACACAUGUUGGAGUCUAACGGAGUCAAGGUUGGGGUUAUUGGCUUUGGGGAGAGGGAAUGGCUCGAUACCGUUAACGUUCUUCCACCAGUCGUGUACAAGUCCGCGACCGCAACAGCAAAUGAAGUAGUCCCCGUCCUACGUGAGCAGGGUGCUGAACUUAUUGUGGCCGUGACCCAUCAGCGGGAACCGAAUGAUAACAAGUUGGCUCAAAAUACCCCACCUGGUCUCAUCGAUAUCGUUCUAGGAGGUCACGACCACUUCUACGAACACAGUGUUAUUAAUUCUACGCAUGUGCUCCGCUCCGGCACGGACUUUAAGCAGCUAAGCUACAUUGAAGCGUGGCGAAAGACGGAUGGCAGUGGUUGGGAUUAUUCAAUCACGCGCCGCGAUGUCGUUCGAACAAUUCCCGAAGAUCCGGCAACAGUGGAGCUGGUAGCGAAACUGACCUCGGCGUUGAAAUCAAAGCUGCAGAAGCCUAUUGGUUAUACUGCUAAUCCACUGGACGCGCGGUUUACGACGGUACGGAGAAAUGAAUCAAACAUCGGUAAUUUUGUAUGUGAUCUGAUGCGCUGUCAUCAUAGUGCAGAUUGCUCAAUCAUGGCUUCGGGCACUAUUCGCGGAGAUCAGAUAUACCCCCCAGGAGCUAUCAGGGUGAAGGAUAUCCUCAAUUGCUUUCCCUUUGAGGAUCCGGUGGUUGUCCUGCGGAUUAAAGGUCGGGCACUGAGGGCUGCUUUGGAAAAUGGCGUCUCUCAACUACCCGCUUUAGAAGGUCGCUUCCCACAGGUGUCAAACAUCCAGUAUGGAUAUUCUGUUUCAGCACCGCCGGGAUCCCGUAUUGCCUUCGUCAAAGUGGGCGGUAAGGAUGUUGAAGACGAGAAACUCUAUAAAGUCGCUACGAGGGGCUACAUGUCGCGAGGUAAAGAUGGAUAUACGUCACUUCUUGUGCAGUCUGAGGGUGGAGAGGCUGAGGAGAUUGUGUCUGAGGAGAUGGGUAUGCUGAUCAGUACGAUGCUGCGGCAGUACUUCCUUAGUUUGAAAGUUCUAGGAAAAUGGCACCGAUUAAGUCCAAGUAUGCAUCGACAUUGGGACGAAGUGAAUGAGCGCUGGCAUGGACGUGGCUGGAUGGAGGCUACCUCCCCUUUGGCUUCUCCUUUUGAGCAACCCAGCAAGUCAAUUCUCGACUCCAGUUUCCACUACAUGAGCCCCAAUCCACGACACAAGCGCCAACUUGACAAAGAAAACGAACCGACCAAAAACCGGCUAGAUGGCAACGACUGCGAUAGCUGGGGUAGCAGCGAAAGCGUCAUGGAUUCCGAAUCGGACUCGGAGCCCGAGUUACUCACCCGGCCACGCAACUAUGUAACCACUACAGCUCGUUCGGUUGAGGACGCAGAUCACAGGGAGAUACAGGCGCGGCACUUUGUGAGGAAAUGGCGACAGAAGGCCGGUCUUGACGCCGAUAGAGUACAGUUAGCUGAUCAUAGUGGGAACGAGUUCUCACCAACCUGGACGCGAGCGAUUGCACCAGUAGUGGAAGGGAGGAUUGUUCAAAUUGACAAGGUGGCUGAUCAGUGA